AUGUCCACUGCAACGUAUCGUGAUGAUGAGUCGACUUCCGAUAUAACGGAUUUUCAUGCCAACAACACCCUCUCCUCAUCCCAAUCCCCACCCUCACAGUCACCUACCCCUCUUGAUUCGGUGGUCGCCCUUAGCAGUUGUGCUGCCGAUGAGAGAGUCCCUUUCACACCACCCUCAUCGGAUAUUACUCCUGUAGAUAACACCUCUACGGUCGUCUUAAAUGACUGCACUGUUGAAGAGUCCUUUACACCAAAGAUUCUAACCAGUCCUAUACCACCUGCGACUCUGGAAGACUUAUCCAUUGAGGAUGACAAUGAUCCCUUUGACAUCCCCCGACCCUUAUUCCUAGAUAGUUAUUUCCAAUCAACUUCACUUAAUCCCUCAGCUCCCGCUUUUCACCCUACCUCUCCCCCAACCAACCAUACCAACUCGGAACCCACAUCUAUUCCUGAUUAUCCCUCCUCACCCGCUUCGAGUCCAUCUGAAUUCGGGUCCUCCUUUUCAAGUAUUCCACCUCCACCAUCCCUCUCUAGUCCUGCUCAGUCCAGUAAUCCCAACACCUCCUUGCCUUCCCAUCUACCAAUUCUUGAAGCAGCGGUCGUCUUAAGCGAUUGUACUGCUGCGAAUAGUAAUGCUCCCUUGUCCACCUUUCCCUGUUUAACCAACCUUCCCCUCCUCCUAAUUCCUCCCCUCCUCAGUUAAGCCGCCCGUACCCUCCGAACCUCAACCAGCAUCGUCCUCCUGAGCCAGCGGUCGCCUUAAUUGGUUGUACUGCCGGGGAUGGCAUCGGUGGACCUCUCCUCUCAUCCCCAACUACAGCAUCCCAGAACCCCUUCAUUAUCCCUCCUCCACUUGCUGAUAUGUCAUUUCUUACACCGACAGUAACACCUUCAUUUCAUUCAGAUAAUGUGAAUAAUCAUCAAGCAAAUCCUCCUACCUCCUCCCCAUCAAGUAUUCCACCUCCACCUCCCCUGUCUUCCAAUUCCAAUCACACAGAUCCCAUCAUUGAAUUCCAAUCAAAAUGUCCCGCUGUUUUUUCUGCUGACUGCGGUUGGGAUCAGUUUGCGAAGAAUUGCGACGAUUUCGCUGAGGAUGUCAUCAAUACCAGUGAAAUUGACUUUCAGAGGAAAAACCCCGCCCCUCGCCGCUUAAACCGCCCUUCUGCCAGACCCGUCAAUUCCAACAGACGGCCUGUUAAAUACAAUCCUAUUCAAGCUAGAAAGCUACAGAGUCUGUACCGCAUCUCAAAAAAGCGUGCUGCUAGAAAAGUCCUCAAUGACAGCAAACCUUCCUAUGAUGGUUCAGUUGAUGAUGCUAAUGAAUUCUUCACGUGUGUAUUUGGUCCUAAAUCCUGCGACAUUGAGGGUGUUAAAAGUGGUCUUAAUGAUUUUGUUCCAUCUGGCCCCGCUGAUAAUCAUCUCGCUGAUCACCUAUCUCCUGACGAAAUCAAGAAAAAACUCUGUGUUUUAUCAAAUUCUGCACCGGGAGCUGAUCGUGUGGAAUACCGCCAUCUGAAAUCUGUGGACCCCAACUGUAAAAUCCUAUGUUCCAUCUACAACCGAUGUCUUGAUGCUAAUGAUGUUCCCCAACAAUGGAAAAAUGCUAACACCAUAUUGAUCCACAAGAAAGGGGACAGCGGUGAAAUAUCGAACUUUCGCCCAAUAGCUUUGAUGAGCUGCAUUUACAAAUUAUUCAUGAGUGUCAUAGUCAAUCGUCUGGUAAAUUCUGCAGUUGUAAACGAACUAUUGUCUGACAGCCAAAAGAGUGCUAGGCCAUCUGAAGGAUGUUAUGAACAUACCUUUCUCUUGCAAUCCCUUUUCCUUGAUGCCAAGAGACUGCAGAAAAAUGUUUGUUUGGCUUGGUUGGAUCUCCACAAUGCUUUUGGUAGUGUCCCUCAUGAUGUAAUCAAACUAACACUCUCCCAUCUUCGUGUUCCUCAAUCCCUGGUAGAUCUUAUAUCUAAUGUAUAUACCGGAGCUACUACAGUAAUCCGCACACCUGCUGGUGACACUAGUAACAUUCCAAUUUUAUCUGGAGUGAAGCAGGGCUGCCCUUUAUCGCCUAUCUUAUUCAACCUAAGUGUCGAAAUCAUCCUCCGUGCAGUUCUAGCAAAAGCUAAUUCAAUUGGUCCAGCUAAACACCAUGGUCUCCCAAUUUCAGUCCUUGCUUAUGCGGAUGACCUUGUCCUAAUUUGUAGAGAUAGGAAGAAAUUACAACAACUGCUCGAUGCUGCUGGUGAGACUGCCACGUUGAUAGGUCUUGAAUUUCGACCUGAUAAGUGUGCCUCGCUUUGUGUCACCUAUUCCAAGCGUGUUGAGGGAAACAUUCAACUUAUUGAUUUUUCUGUGCAAGAUCGAAUUAUGCCAGCCUUAAACCAGCACGAACACUACCGUUAUCUCGGUGUUCCUAUCGGUAUGAUGAGAGACAUUGAUUCGCUUGAUCACCUAGUUGAUAACCUUUGCCAAGACCUGGAAAGAAUUCAUCCCUUCUUUCGCCCUGGCAAAAGCUUGAUGCAAUCAGAACCUUUGUUCAACCAUCCCUAA